AUGGCGAAGAAGGAGAAGGGAAAGGAGCAAAUCAAGCCGAAGGAGGCCAAGAAGUUGGUCGAGGACCAGAUGUUCGGAAUGAAAAACAAGGGGAAAAGUGCAAAGCUAAAAAAGCUUGCGUCCUCACUGGAGGCUUCCUACCUCAAGGGGAAGCCCCAGAAGGCGGAGAAGAAGGAGGAAGCGCCUGUUUACGAGGCGUACGAGGUCCUGCAGAAGGUCCCUGUGGGGGCUGAUCCGUCGACGAUUCUGUGCAUCAACUUCAAGGCGAAUAAAGCGUGCUCAAAGGGGGAUGCGUGCAAGUUCAGCCACGACCUGACGAAGAAACCCGCAGUUUCUCAGGUUUCAGGCCCGCAAACGGCAAAAAAAGAGAAGCCUGCAGAUGCGGUGGAGAAGCCCGUGUGCAAGCACUAUAUAGACGCGCUGAAAACAGGGAAGUACAACCCGAAGUGGACGUGCCCAAACGGAAAUGCUUGCGCUGGGAAGCACUCGCCCCCUGAAGGGUACAUCCUGAAGGAGGAGGCAGAGGAGAUCGACGCAAUCACGCAGGAGGAGCUUCUCGAGGAAAAGCGGGCGAGUAUCCCCUGCGAGACAAUGACAAAAAUGACGGAGGAAAAGUACAUGGAGUGGAAGGCAAAUAGAGAAAAGGCGAAGGUGGACAUGAAGCAGGAGGAGGACAAGAUCCGAGAGGGGAACCUCAGGCUGGGAAAGAUCCUCCCCUCAGGGAAGGACUUGUUUGUGUAUAACCCGAAGAUAUUCAUAGAUGACGACGAGGCAAUGGAGUACGACUACAACGCCCGGGAGGAGGAGCUCGAAAGUGACGAAGAGGAGGACGUGGCUGAGCAGAUGGAGAGGACGCUCAAGAUAUAG